UUGGCCUCUUCUUCUCGCCGUCCGCGACGACCACUCGGAGAAGAAGAAGACGAGGCGGGGGAGGCAGCCAGCUCCCAUAAAUACCCCACCUUCCACCUCCGUCCCCGAGUCGAGUCGAGUCGAGUCGCGAGCGGAGCUGGAUCGGAAUCGACAGCGACCUCCCCCUCCUCCGCCACGCGUAUUUCCUCCUCCUCCUCCUCCUUACCCACUAAGAAACACAGAAAGAAAGAUUGCCAGCCUCCUCCUUGCCGCGUUCCCUCCCGUCGCCGCUAUAAAGGCCCUCGCCGCGAGCCUUUCCGCGUGCCGUGUCCGCCCUUGGCCUUUUCCGCGCGGAUCCACCCGGCCCGGUUAGGAUUUCCCGUGCCGCCAGAUCGGGGCUCCCCCCUGCGGAUUCCGGCGCCGAAAAGGCCCCAUCUUGCUCGCUCGGCCGAUCUCGCCGCCGGCGGAACGGUUGGCCCGCGCCCGAUUUGAUCCUCGGCCUGCUCCCCGCCGGCCGUCGCGAUGUGGGGGGACUCGAAGCCGAUGCUCAAGUCCCGCGGCGGGGGCGGGGGCGGCGGCGGCGCCGACGAGGAGGGCGACUACUUCCCCAACACGCCGCGCAAGGACUGGUCCACGGGCCUGCUCAAGCUCGUCACCGCCAUGGUCAUCUUCAUGGCCGGCGUCGUCAUCGGCCUCUCCGUCAGCGCCAACGUCUCCCGCUACUACUACAACUCCCACACCGAGCUCUUCUUCCCCACCGCCACCUACAGCUCCUGCGACCGCCGCGGUGCCACGGGCGACUGCGGCCCGGGCUUCAAGGCCUUCGUGCACCCGCCCACCCUCGCGCACUCCAUGACCGACGACGAGCUCUUCUGGCGCGCCACCCUCGUGCCCACCGCCGAGGAGUUCCCCUUCCAGCGGGUCCCCAAGGUCGCCUUCCUCUUCAUGACCCGCGGACCGCUCCCCUUCGCCCCGCUCUGGGAGCGCUUCUUCCACGGGCACCAGGGCCUCUUCUCCGUCUACCUCCACACCAUCCCGGACUACAAGCUCAACGUCUCCAAGACAUCCCCAUUCUACGGCCGCCAGAUCCCCAGCGAGGAAGUGUCUUGGGGAUCAAUAACCCUGGUUGAUGCUGAGAAGCGCUUGCUGGCCAACGCGUUGUUGGAUUUCUCGAACGAGCGUUUUGUUCUGCUCUCGGAGAGCUGCAUUCCGGUGUUCAACUUCCCAACCGUCUACGAGUACCUCAUAAACUCGGAGCAGAGCUUCGUCGAGUCCUACAACAUCGACACCCCUCAAAGCGCUGGCCGCUACAACCGUCGAAUGGCACCUCACAUCUUGCCGGAACAAUGGAGGAAAGGGUCAGAGUGGUUUGAGCUUAACCGGGAGCUGGCCGUGCGUGUCGUAGCGGACUACAAGUACUACUCGAUCUUCCGGAAGCAUUGCAGACCAUCUUGCUACCCGGACGAGCAUUACAUACCGACCUAUCUUCAUCUGUUCCACGGGUCGCUCAACGGCAACAGGACCAUCACAUGGGUUGAUUGGUCAAGAGGAGGCCCGCAUCCAGCAAGAUACGGUGCUGGAAACAUCAAUGUAGAUUUCAUCAAGGCCAUCAGGAACAAUGGUACGCAGUGCCUCUACAACUCGAAGCACACUUCUGUGUGCUACCUCUUUGCUAGGAAGUUUGCUCCCAGUGCUUUGGGGCCAUUGAUGAAUCUCACUUCGACGGUGUUGGACUUUUGAGCUCGGCUUCCCAUCGGCAUUAUAUUAUCGAGCUAUCUCCAUCGACGAUCACUUGCUCGCGUGCCGGUACCGGUCAGGUGGUAGAGGUACUCUGCUAGCUCAGGGACAUGUGUCUCUUCUUAGAUAGAUGAGAGACUGCUGUCGAGACGCUUGGCUGGCGGAUGACGCUGUGUGGGACGGUGAAAUUUACUUCACUUAUCCUGAAGCUGAUUCCCGAGUAAUGGACGAAUGGCACUACAAGAUCCAGAGAGGACAUUUUCACCCCCCAUUCUUUUUAAUAUAUCAUAGCUCUGUGAUAGAUCUUUUUUCUCUUUUCUUCUGCCCCCAUAUCACUUAUUGUAAUGACUUGGUCAGGAUGCUAAUUUUAUGUGAAUAUAACUUGCUCAAUCAUUGUUUGGCU